CCACGGUUUCACGUGGAUUGAGGAAGUCGCUGUGGUAACUGCUUUAGAAGAAUAAAUAUAAAUAUAUAAUUACUGGUAAAUACAGGCACAGAUAUACAGAGCGACACAAAAGAAGAAUUUAUCUGGGAAUUAAAAGGAUGGUCUCAUUUGGCCAUGCAGACCUGUAUACUUGAAUGAUUCAAAAUAAUGAGAGACUGAAUUUACAUUUCACAACUUUUCAGAUAGUGAUUUAGGUCGGGAAAAAUACAAAUCUAUAAUAUCCAGAGUAGCCCAACAAGACUCAGGCAGUGACAGCUCAAGGCGUUUCAAUAUAGAAAGUGAUUUGUAACAAUAAGGUUUCAGAGAUGAAGAACAGAGGCGGCUACUUCGUAGACAACAGGCUCAAGGAGCGAGUCAAACAGUAUUUGAGGAAGAGCACCAGCCAGUUUACAGACCUGUCAGUCAUGGCAGCUGAUCUGCAGAGAAUGUACAGCACAGAAUAUGGACGGCGGAAAAGAAAUGCUUUCCGGAUCCAGUUAGAGAAAGUGUACACAGUCUUAUGCAAUGAGUCUGAUCUGUCGGCCUUAGAGGGGGAACACCUGGCUAAAAGGGCAAGGCAAAGCCAAGGAGCUGAUGGGGAGAAAGACAGCUUCAGUGAGGACUCCACAGACAGUGAUGAUCAACCAGAAUAUCCGCCCACCAAUCAGAUGAACAACUCUCUGAUGUCCCUGUAUCGGAAGGGUGCUCCAGAUUCUGUGGCUCCGACUCUACCCAAAGAUCAACCAGCACACAGCAGCACCCCCAGGCCUGCCCCCUCCAAGACACCGAAGGGCGGCUGGUUCGUCGAUACCACCCCCGGGAGGAUCGGGGAGGAGAAGGAGGAGAGCAUUCUCAUCGAUCUGUGUGAGGAGACUCAGGAGGCACCCAACCCUGAGAAGUCCCUUCUGGAAACUGAUAAGAAGAAAAAAGGCAAGAUGAAGAAUGGGAAGAGAAGACAAGAGGGAGAGGCCAGGGGUAUAGACGGAGAGAUCGAAUCCAUUAUAAUGAACAAGAAAGUCAAGCUCAAAGCUCCAGAGCUGCAGUAUUCCACUGUGAAGUUUGAAGACGUAGGAGGCAAUGAGGAGACCAUGAAGGAGGUGUGUAAGAUGCUGAUUCACAUGCGCCACCCUGAGGUGUACCAGAAGCUGGGGGUGGUCCCUCCCCGGGGGUUCCUCCUCCAUGGGCCCCCAGGCUGCGGGAAGACUCUGCUCGCUCAGGCCAUCGCGGGGGAGAUGGAGCUGCCAAUGUUGAAGGUCGCUGCCACAGAGAUGGUGUCGGGCGUUUCAGGAGAAUCUGAGCAGAAGCUAAGGGAGCUGUUUGAUCAAGCUGUGACCAGUGCUCCGUGUAUCCUGUUCAUUGAUGAAAUUGACGCCAUCACCCCAAAGCGAGAAGUGGCUUCGAAGGACAUGGAGAGACGAAUCGUGGCUCAGCUUCUAACCUGCAUGGAUGAUCUCAAUGCUCUUGCAGCCACUGCUCAGGUCAUGGUUAUUGGAGCCACGAACCGGCCAGACUCUCUUGACCCGGCACUGAGGCGAGCCGGACGCUUUGACAGGGAGAUCUGCCUGGGGAUCCCCGACGAAGGGGCCAGACUGAGAAUCCUGCAAACACUGUGUCGGAAGCUGAAGCUCCCAGAAUCCUUUGACUUUCAGCAGCUGGCCCACCUGACUCCAGGGUACGUCGGCGCAGACCUGAUGGCUUUGUGCAGGGAGGCGGCCAUGAGAGCGGUGAACCGGGUCCUUAUCGAGAUGCAGAGCAGUCAGGCAGCAGCGGCAGGUGGGCAGCCUUACCUCGUUGACACCAAGCCAGUGGAGCAAGAGCAAACCGCCGUCCCAAAUCAGCAACCAGAAACCAUAGAAGAGCAGACAGAGCUGCUGAGGUUGCUGAGGCUGCUGAAGGACUACACCCCUCUUUCAGAGGAGCAGCUGGAGAAGCUCCACAUCGAGAUGGAGGAUUUUACCAGCUCACUGUGCAGCAUCCAGCCGUCCGCCAAGAGGGAAGGUUUUGCUACCGUCCCUGAUGUCACGUGGGCUGAUAUCGGUGCUCUGGAGGAGAUCCGCCAAGAGCUCACCAUGGCCAUCCUGGCUCCAGUUCGCAAUCCUGACCAGUUUAAAGCUCUGGGUCUCAGUGCACCAGCUGGGGUGCUUCUUGCUGGGCCCCCAGGCUGUGGUAAAACUCUGCUUGCUAAGGCUGUUGCCAAUGAAUCUGGUUUGAACUUCAUCUCUGUAAAGGGCCCAGAAUUGUUAAACAUGUACGUGGGAGAGAGCGAGCGCGCUGUGCGGCAGGUUUUCCAGAGAGCCCAAAACUCCGCCCCGUGCGUCAUCUUUUUCGAUGAGAUUGAUGCUCUUUGUCCCCGAAGGACCGAUCGUGAGUCUGGGGCGAGCGUGCGUGUGGUCAACCAGCUGCUUACUGAGAUGGACGGACUGGAGACUCGCAAGCAGGUUUUCAUUAUGGCUGCCACCAACAGGCCAGAUAUUAUCGACCCUGCUAUCCUUCGUCCGGGCCGGUUGGACAAAUCGCUGUACAUCGGUUUGCCCCCUCCCAAAGACAGAUUCGCCAUCCUUCAGACCAUCACCAAGUGUGGUAGGAGGCCUCUGCUGGAAACAGAUGUCAAUCUAGAAGAAAUAGCACACGAUAAACGAAGUGACUGCUUCACGGGGGCUGACCUGUCGGCUCUGGUCCGAGAGGCUUCUAUCAACGCUCUUCAGGGACACCUCUGUCUCCAGGCUCCUGCAGCAACCAACGCUCCAGUGGCUGAGAUCAGGGUUAGCCGGCAGAACUUUGAAGAUGCUUUGAAGAAAGUGAAACCAUCUGUAUCAAAAAGGGACCAGCUAAUGUAUGACCUGUUGAAGGAGUCACUGUGUGGAUGAAAUGCUAAGAGAGACCGCCCGGCUUCAACAAAACACAGCAAAACUGGACUUAAUAAAAGGAGCUUUAUAUCAUGUCCCAGGGUUCUGACUCAGGGGUGUGGAAGGAGGUCCUGAACGUUGAUUUGUUAAAAUCAAGUUUGCAAAAAAACAAAGCAUCUAACUCAUUUAAAUUUAGCUUCUCUUCUUG